AUGAAGGGACUCUUCAGAUCCAAGCCUCUUACACCUGUUGAGCUUGUUCAUCAGAUCCACCAUCUUCUCACCUACACUUUCCCCAAUUCCGAUGUUAAAGAUUACAAGCGCCAAGAAAAGAUUCGUGAAUUAACAAGACUCAUUCAUGAAAUGAAGAUCGUGCUUUAUGGCGACGACAUGUCAGAACCAGCAACAGAGCCUUGUGCAAAGUUGACACAGGAGUUCUUCAAGGAAGACAUAUUGCGACUUCUAAUCUUAUAUCUUCCCAACUUGGAUCCUGGGGUCCGUCAAGAUGUCACUCAUGUGGUUGCAAAUCUUCAAAGGCAACGUGUUAAUGGAAGAUACGUUGCUGCUGAGUAUUUGGAGAAAAACACAGAUAUUUUGGACAUGUUGAUACCUGGCUACGAUGACCCAGAAACCGCUAUCUCGUUUGGUGCAAUCUUAAGAGAUUGCAUUCGACAUCAAGUCGUUGCAAAGUAUAUCUUGGAAUCGGAUCACAUGAAGACGUUCUUCGACUAUCAACACGAUCCGAACUUCGACGUAGCUUCGGAUGCAGCAGCAACGUUUAAGGAGCUGUUAACCAGGCACAAAUCAACCGUUGCUGAAUAUCUUAACAAAAACUACGAUUGGUUCUUCAUGGAGUAUAACAAGUUGCUGGAAUCAUCCAACUACAUCACCAGACGAAACGCUGUCCAGCUGUUAGGAGCCAUGUUACUGGAUCGUUCGAACACUGCUGUGAUGGUUCGCUACGUGAGUUCAUUGGACAACAUGAGGAUUCUCAUGAAUCUUCUCCGGGAUUCAAACAAGCAGAUACAGUUGCAAGCUUUCCAUGUGUUCAAGCUUUUCCCUGCAAAUCAGAACAAACCCCAGGAUAUCGUGAACGUGCUGGUUGCGAACAGAAGCAAACUGCUUCGGUUCUUCAAGGACUUCACUUUUGAUAAAGUGGAUGAGCAAUUUGAAGCAGACAAAGCUCAGGUGAUCAAGGAGAUUGAAAGCCUUGUGCCCAGAUGUUUGACAUGCUCGAGCUUUAAGAACUGCGAAGGACUUUCGUGCUAA